AAGUCCUAAUCACCCUUCCAUUUUCCUUGUUUUGUUCUUGGCUUUAGAGCAUAUCAAAUCCUUCAGUGGGCCUAAAUAGGCAGAGAGGUAAUAGAUUUCAUUUUUUUUUGCCCCCCAGCAUAAUUGAAUAGAAUUAGCUCAUGAAGGCCACUGAUAAGCACUGGAACUUGUGCAUGGGAGAGAGGACUAGGACUUAUGCCAUUUGCCAACAGCAAAUUAAGAGGCAAAGAGAAAAGCUGUAAGUAGUAACUUGAGUUGUGAAUUGAAAUAUAUUGACAAACAUUUUGAAAGGAGCCUUUUGCACCUCUUCUGAGGCUUACAUAAUGUAGCCUAGCAUUUUGUGCUGUCAGUAAACAAAAUAUAUGGCGACAUGCCUUUCUAGUGAACUCUUUCCUUUUAAUCUGCGUGUUUAUGUAUGUACACAUGAGAAAGCAGGUACCUGAGCAUGUACUGAUUCUGAGAAAUGAAACCAGAAGAAAAAGUAGAAAGAUUACCUAUGUAUUUCUCUCAUCUUCCUAUUAAGAAUUAGUAAGUAGAGCUAGAGUAAUAGAUGACUUCAUUUUAUGGCUGUCAUGAUAUCAUGAGAAUAUACGUAGGUCAUAAGUGAUACAUAAUAGUGUUAUUUCAGGCAGAUGUUAUUGGCCUUUCUUAAAUGCUGCGUUAGAUCAGAGUAUAGAAAUUAAAAUCACUCCUAGAAAACUUCCUUGUAGAAACUUUUUAUAACACAUUUCAUUGCUGAGACAUGAAUGUACAAAUCCACUGAUACUGUGGGUAUAACUGUUGUCUGCAUUAAGCCACUAUCUGUUUGCCAAAGGUCAUUUUAUUAAAAGAAUUCAGAUGUGCAAAGAAAGAUGAGGUGGUUUUCCUGAUGUCAUACAUGUUUGUGUAUGGAUCAUGAAUUUACUCUACUUUUGUGCUACUCUGGAUGCUAUGUGUAGGUGCUUACACGUAGUAUGUAAGCUGCAUCAUUUUGAGCAUACCUCAAACGCUCAGCACAAGUAGUGUGACACUGCUUAAAGCCAUCAUAGCUCUCCUGUUCCUGAAGGCAGUUUGUGCCUUUAUAGCUCACAGUAGAAAAGCAGAUUUAUGCAUCUAGGUGUAUAGGUACUCCUUGGGGCGCUGGGAGCGCAAGCGAGGUGGACUCAAAGCUAAGGCUUGGUGCCCUGUGAGAGUACUUAGAGGUUAUACCACACUCCCUUUGUAUCCUGCUUGCAAGGGUGCAUAGGACAAAUGUCAAGCACCCCCUUCUCCCUUAGAGCUUCUCUUGAUGGUAGGGCAGGGUUUGUUUGCUAUUUAGAAAGUCUUUUUUAUUAAUUCUUGCUUGGAGAAUCCUCAUACCUAUCCCUACUUGUGAGAUUCCUCAUUCUUUGGAGUUGUUGUUGUUAUUAGCCUCCAGAUAUUUCUGCUUUAUCAGUUUAAUGCACUUUGGAGAAUUUGGCACAGGAUCAACUUUUUUUUUUUUUUUUCAUAGCACACAGACCUAGGUACAAUGAAAAGUAUUGUUGAUAUUAAAUAUUCCUAUUUACUAACUUUUGUGGGCCAGGUAUGAAGGGCUUUGAUCAUGAAUAAGGUCCACUGUGUGAGGUGCUGUACUACACAAGAUAAAAGUACCUUAAGUGUGUGAAACCAUGCAAGUAAGUGGCACAAUUUCUUACUGUAAACAACAGAAAUCCCAGUAAGAAUAGAAUCAAAUGAUUAAAAAAACCCACCAUUAUUCAGUAAGGGAGACACCUGUUUUCACAUAAAAAUAUUUUUUUUAAUGAGAUCAAGAUUUUUAUGGCCAUUAAAGAGUAUUUUAAAGAGGGAUUUGAUCCUUAUCAAUAGAAAAAAGUAACUUUUUUGUUGUCUACACCGAUCAGUUCUUACAAUUAUAGCUGGAAUUUAGUUUGCUUAUAAGCUAGGAUAAAGAAGUUGCCACUCAGGAAAAACAACAGAAUAUGGAAAUCAAGUACUAAACAAAAGUAAUUGCCAUAUUUAAGAUGUCAGUGGUGUUCUUGCUCUUGAGACUAGGUCAGAGAAAAGGAAUUUUAUUGAUCUAAUCUUCUGUAGUGAUAGUGGGAAAAACAAAAGGGCAGCCAGAGAGGCCAGGAUUUAGAGGAAAUAAAUAAAGUAGCAAGACUAUAUAGGAAAGAGCUGUUUGCUAAGGAUGUACACAAGUAUUUGUGAUCCUAUGUAUUUGCAUAUACAGGAAAUUUUUAUGAGGAGGGCACUUCCUGAAUUACAGUGUAUAUAUAUCAGUAAAACGGAGUUGAGGGAAGUAAAGGCUUUGAUGAAGACGAGUAUUGUGCUCUUGAAUCCUGUGAAGAUCCUGUCCGGGUUUUACUAAAUGGAUAACCAGGCAUUUGAAAUGCAUGGAGAGAACAUACAAAGUUCUUCAAAAGGAAAAGAGUGGCCAAACAAAGAGGAAAGAAAGGGCAGCUGGUCCCUGAUGAAAACCUUUCUAGUUUGUCUAUUGGCCUGUGUUAUCACCACUGCAAUAGGAGUGCUGGUCCUGUCCUUAGUCUAUGUAAACAACCCGGUCUUUAUGAAAGAGACAGAUGUUAAAGAUGAUGGUGCAUCUUCCCCCAAACCAGAUGAAAAAAAUGUGGAUAUCAGUUUCCAGUUCAUGAAUCACCUGGGGAAAUCAAAGGUACAUGUGUACCCAGGUGGCGAAAUUCAGUGGGCGAGAUUCAGGAAGGAUGCAAAUGAAUAUCAAAGUGAUGAAGAAAUGGAAUUUGGAAAAAGUAUCAAUAACCAUCGCUCCAAAAUGACUUUUGGAACCUUACGGAUCAAAAGCAAAGGGCUUCGGGCUCCCCACUGGCACUUUAAUGCCAAUGAACACGGCUACCUGCUACAGGGUACUGCCUGGAUUGGAGUAAUUGGUGCAGAUGACAGCGUGGUUACCACAUACAGUGUCACGGCUGGUCAAGUGGUCUUCUUCCCUAGAAACACUGUGCAUUGGAUAAAGAAUGUAGGAUCAGAAGACUGUGUGUUCUUGCUGUUUUUUACAACACAUGAAGAGCUUCAGACCCUGGAUGUAGAUGAUGCCUUUUUCUCUACCCCAGAGGAUAUAGCAGCUAGAGCAUUAAAGCCACAAGGUGGUGUUAACUUCAUCAGAACUUUCAAGAAACAGAAAGAAGAUCAAGCAAUUAACCUCCCAUCAAACUUAGAUCAGCUUGUGCAAAAUGCCAGCUAUGUGCAGUCUCCGGACAACCUGGUAUGGCAGUACUUCUACAAUCUCAAAGGGUCAGCAGAAUAUCCUUUUCCAGGAGGAAUCUUCCAGUGGGCUCGCUACCGCAUAAACAACACCGGACUAAAUGAAACAGAAAAAAUUUUUAGUGAGUCGCUGAACAAGCAUGAAAAUACCCUUACCUUGGCAACUCUCCGGAUAUUCAGCAAUGGACUGGGGCAGCCUCAUUUCCACUUCAAUGCUAAUGAGAUGGGUUAUGUCAUUAGCGGCUGUGGACAGGCUGGAGUUAUUCUCUCUGGAGUCACCACCAACUUCAACAUUGGCAUUGGAGAUGUCAUAUUUUUCCCUGUUGGAACGCAACAUUAUAUCAAGAGCUUAUGUGAUGAGGAUUUGUUUUUGAUUCUAGCCUACAGUACAGGAAACCAGCUGGAAACUCUCCGUAUGAAUGACUACUUCCAUGCAACAGCAGAUCAUAUCCUUGCUCAGCUUUUUUUCAAGGAACAGGCUGAAUUUAAGAAGUUCCCAAAGGCUGCCAAAAAACCAGGCAAAUAAACUCUCUUAGCAGUUAAUGGCAUCAAGAAUUUUUUCACCAUCACCACGUUUCUGUCAAUACAUUUUGGUACCGUUCUUGUUUAUAUUUAUCCAGAGGAGAUGUUCAGAAAAAAAAAAAAAGAAGAAGAAUAAUUUGGGAUUAUUAAUUAUAAAAACUUAUUUUCUUUUUAUAUUUUUUCAGGUUUUAUUUAUAGCACAAUGUAACUUGAUAGAUCAUGUAUUAAAGUCAUUUUUACCAUGACCAUUGCCUUUUGCUCUACUUAACACCCAUUAUCCCACCAUAUCUCUUACCCCACGCUGCUGAAGGUUACGUUGAUUUUCUGUGGCGUGGGCAGUGCUCUGAGCUGGCGGUGUCCCUGCGCAGACAGCGUGUUCACACUGCUCGCUCUGUCCCCAAACCAGGUGGGGUGUUACAUCCCUGCGUCUAACAGCGAUGGCAGGAAUGAGCUGGUCAGACAUUCAGCUCAUAAUGGCUCUCCCUCCCCUAACUGCACUCCUCUCGGUAGGGCCGGGAAUUGAAGACAAUUAACUCCUUUUCCUGACUUUGCCAACAAACUGCUAUCUGAUUUUGAAAGAAAUCAUUGAGGCUAGAUUCUCAGCAGGAUGUCGACUCAGUAGCAGAUGAGCUCUGUGUAGGCACCAUUCUUCGCAUGUGAAAAGCGGGGAGAGAUAAGCUCCAAAAAGGGGCCAAAGAGAAGCAGAGAUGAUUUCCUGGACUGGCACCUAUGCCACAUUUUCAACCCUCAGGUUCCCAUUCCUUCUUGUGUAAAUAUUUAAUCACAGCCAACAGGAUGGCUGCAACGGGGAGGCAAGGAAUUCUCUCUCUGUUUCCUAUGAGUUUGGGCAUUAUUUUUUUUUGUUUUUCCCUCAGGAAAUACUUGCUUAGUUUAUGAGGUUUAAAUCCAGUCAGGAUCAAAGUGGUUUAUUGAUUUAUUAUCAACACAUAACAAACAAGGAUUCAGUGAAACACACA